AUGGUCAAGGUAGAGAUCGUAGAAGAAAAGGACCAGCAGGAGUCUAACUCUCCCUAUGCCUCCUCCUCCUCCUCCCGCACCUCUUCCUCCGUCUCCCUCUCCUCCGUAGGCUCCGAGCUCGAUGGUGAAGAGUCCUUCUACGAGCGCAUUGCUGCCCUCGUCGACAUCGUCCCCCCGACCACACGUCACAGCAUAUCCAGCCGCUUCUCCAGGGCAACCAGCUUCGUCAAGACGUCGGGCAAGGUGGUCGGAAACCUCGUGUGGAUCGUCACUACCAGUGCGCUCCUCGUCGGCCUGCCACUUGCGCUCAGCCUUGAGGACGAGGCAAAGAUCGUGGCUCAGGAAAAGGAGAUGCUCGCCCAGCAGCAGGGCGCUCAAAACAUGGCGUCCAUGUAUGCCCCGCCCAAUCCUAACCAGACCCAGCAAAAGGGUGUCGUACCCCCGGGUUUCUAG